AACUGAAAAACGAGUCAGUCAUAACAGUCAGUCGAGUCGAACACGUUAUCAUGCGAUGACAUCAACGAUCUGGACACGAGUGGCUCUGUGACAAUCUCAAGGCCACAUUUACAAUCGGAUGACCAAUAAACGAAGUCAGGACAAAGUUGAACUAUUGUGGUCGUCGGGGGAGCUCGUAAGCAUCAACAUUGUCUGUUAAGUCACGUGACCAAGGACAAGGAAGGGAAACCCUGACGAGCGAAGUAGGAAGUCCGGGACGUAAACAAAACCAAAAAGAAACCAAAAUCCCCAACUAGUUGUCCACAAUGCCUGGUAUCAAAGACCUGGUCGGGUUGUCUUUUGGUGGCGCCAUCGGCCUGACGUUUCUGUUUCUCGGUUGUGCAGUGGAACAAUAUGGAGUUUACUGGCCAUUGUUUGCGCUGAUUUUCUACAUCCUGAGUCCGCUCCCACUCAUCAUAGCCAACCGUGUCAGUGAUGACACAGACUCCUCCAGCAAUGCAUGCAGAGAACUGGCCUAUUUCUUAACAACUGGAAUCGUCGUGUCAGCUUAUGGCUUCCACAUUGUCCUCGCUCAUAGUAGCACAAUCGAGUGGGGUGCCUGUGGUCUUGCGCUGACAGGAAAUACGAUCCUCUUCAUCACAAUCUUUGGCUUUUUUAUGGUGUUUGGAAGAGGCGACGAAUUCAGUUGGGAACAGUGAUUAUUCAAAAGGAAGGCAUAGCAAAAGGAACCUUCAAUAGCUUUUUCUGAAAAACGCCUUGGACAACUGAGCAGAGGACGUUUUGCAUGGACAUCUAUUAGACCAGGUCAUUGAAAUCUGCGCAGGUGAAAUUUGGAAGGAAGUUCAAGUUCAAUUGAUACUUGGAAAAACUCUUGAUUUACAGAUGGGACAAUAAAUUAAGGACCAAAGGAAGGAGCACUAAAGAUGAAGAGGUCCAAAAGACAUGCUAGCCAAGAUCGGAGCUUUUCCAAGGGAGGAAGGAGUGUGUGUGUGUGUGUGUGUGUGUGUGUGUGUGUGUGUGUGUGUGUGUGUGUGUGUGUGUGUGUGUGUGUCGCCAUGAUGGACAUUUGGAGCCCCUUUUGGAAAGGAGUUAAAUUUUUAACCACAUGGACUAGAGAGCCGUAAUUUUCAGGACUGAAUUGUUAUUGACUCAGAUAUGGAUUGCAGUCAUUUCGGGUCACCCUGUCCAUUUUGAGUGGUGGUCCAUCAUAAGAAAAUGAGUUAAGGGCAUCCAAAAAGAAAACCAAUGUUGGUGUUUUGAUUACCGUUGAAAUUCAAAUUAUGAGGCAAUACGGCAUGUUUUCUCUGCUGCAUUUUCAUUAACUUCUUAUAGGCAACCUGAUUAAAUGACGGCUCAUUUCCUGAAACGCGGCUCUUUUCCUCACAUGUACAGUAUGUCUCAUCUCGACUCAAGGGUGUCAAUUAGGUCUUCCAACACUAACGAGUGCUUAGACUCUGAAAAGUAUUUUUAUAAGCUCUUGACUGAAUUUUGUUUUCUCACACUUAUUAAAAUUGUAUUGGAAAAUAAAAA